UGGUGCGCGGCCAAAUUCCCUUCCUUUGGGCUCGCAGGCUGCGAGGAGCAGCACACCUAGUGAGCGCGCACGCUCUUCAAUCCAGCCGUGCACCACGCUCCCUUACCUGCUCCUGGCUGGAUGCGUCACGAUGUGCUGUGUCUUCUGCUGUCCGAGAUGCCUGGAGCCUGCUCGUAGAGGCUUUUGAAGGGGUCGCCGAGGUGGUGAAGCACAGCGGCAGCUGCGUAAUGCUGUAUGAAAUAGGACCUGGAGAUGGGUUCCCAGAAAGCACAAGCUAAACUACCAGCCGUGAGCCGUCCCCGUCUGACGGCGAAGGUCUAGACAGCGUAUGGGCAUGGGGUGCCAGCGUCGGUCUGCCCUUUCCAGCAGAAGCAGCCAGUGGAUGUGAGGAUACAGAUGUGCUGCUCGGCCACCAGCUGCUAGCCCAGCUGUGCCCGGCAGCCUCCAGCUCUUUGCACAAAAGCCUGACCAAGACGCCACGGAAACUACCCUGGAUGCCUAGUUCUGACCAAACUCGGCACAGAUUGACCUGAAUGCCCCCUCCUCUGCCUUUGUAGCUGGCCAGCCUCUCUCCUGGAAACUUGUAGAAACAUCAAAGUUGCUGCUCAGACUGUUACUAUGUGGGCAAGCUGUUGUAACUGGUUUUGUCUGGAUGGCUCACCCGAGGAGAUGCAGCCCCAGCCGCAGCAGGGAGCCCGAGCCCAAGCCUACUCCAACCCCGGUUACAGCUCCUACCCAUCUCCCACGGCCUCCGAGCAGAGCUGCAAGGCGUGCGGGCUGCGCUUCGACAACUCCGCCAGGAAGCAUGUCUGCUUGGACUGUAAAAAGAAUUUUUGCGCGUCCUGCUCGAGUCAGCCUGAAAGUGGCCCCCUUCUCUGCCAUCUAUGUCAGCGUUUCCGAGCCACAGCUUUUCAGCGGGAAGAGUUGAUAAAGAUGAAGGUGAAGGAUCUCCGAGAUUAUUUGGCACUCCGUGACAUUUCCACAGAGUUGUGUCGUGAAAAGGAGGACCUGGUAUUUCUGAUUCUUGGCCAGCAGCCUGUAAUUACCCAGGAAGAUCAGAUACAAACACCUUCUUUAAAUAGCAGUGCCUCUGGACAGCAAGACUUUGUGAUUCUUCCACCAACCAGCAUAGCAUCUUCUACCUCACAUGAUGCGUCUCCAGUGUCUGCAGAUCCCAUCUCAAGUUCACUAGCUCAGGAACAUCCACAGGCAAAUGGGUAUGUACCUCCAAGCCAAGUCGAUAUGACAGGAGAUGAGAGUGCAGCAGAAGCAUCAGCAGAGGAGGAGACACAGUCUAUUGACUCAGAAGAUAACCUGGUGCAGGGGCGGAGGGCUUCUCUUUCUGAUCUGACAAGCAUUGGAGAUAUCGAUGCGCUCACUGUGCGACAGCUGAAGGAAAUUCUUGCUCGCAACUUUGUCAACUACAAAGGCUGCUGUGAGAAGUGGGAGCUGCUGGAGCGGGUGACUCGCCUUUAUAAAGAGAAAGACCUUCAACAUCUAGUUUCUGACACUGACGAUCAAACUGGUGGUGCUGGGCUCCCUGGCACGGAGGAGAACCUCUGCAAAAUCUGCAUGGACUCACCAAUUGACUGUGUCCUGCUAGAAUGUGGCCACAUGGUCACUUGCACCAAGUGUGGAAAGCGGAUGAGUGAGUGUCCCAUAUGCAGGCAGUAUGUGAUACGAGCUGUCCAUGUGUUUAAGUCCUAAGUGUCUGUAAGGAAGACUGGUGAUGCCUUAAAGCCUCAUCUGCUGUUAGAGAAAUGGUCAAAAGUGCUACAGAUAGUUAGGUCAAGAUUAGCAUUUGGACCUUAUAGGGAGCUGAAAGUUUAUAGGCAAGGUAAGGAAAGGAUGAAGCUUGGAGAAUUGCUCUUAUUCCAGCCAUGCUUGGCUAUGCCCUUCCCACUAUAGUGCUUUACACCGCAGUGCCUGGACUCCCUGGAGCUUAUUGGCAGCAGCAGAGGCAGAAAUAAUUAACAGCGUACGUUCUAGAAUAACUUGAUCCACUAGUGCUUGGGAUAGAUAAAUGCUUGUCUUUCCAGCACAAAGAUCAGAUUCUGAGGAUUCUUAUUUCCUCUGGAUAAUAAACAAGGUGGACUGGGGUCUCAAUAAGUGACAUUUUCUUUUGGUUUGCUGCUACUGAAUUCUGAUUCUGCUUCCCUCAUGUUAUGUUUAGGCUACACACCCACUGAUAACUUUAUUAUCAAAGAAUAAAACUUUGUUGGGCUUGUUUUGGGUUUGCUUUUUCUUUCUGUAAUUUAACUACUUAUGCUUGCAGGACAGGCAGACUGCCUCUGUUUUCCAUAUUCAGAAUGAGUUUAAUUCUAGCCUAGUGAGAUUUUAUUUGAAGACAGGCUUUGUACUAUUGAAAAAAUGUAAAGGGAGUAAGAGAAUCUGUAAAACACGCAGCCUUACCUUGCGUGGCAGCUUUUUGUUUGUUUACGUGCCAGCAAGAGUGAGAUUCCUAGUUUACUGUUGUUGAUUCCUUUAAUUUCAUACUAUGUACCAGUAAUAAAUUUAAAAACUGAUCUGACUUCAGGUGAUUAGGAGCUGAGAAUCUGAGGCUUGAGUCUUUUAGAGGGUUUAGUGAGGAAAAUGUACAGCCAUAGAGUAAGAAUUCUGUUGCUACAAUCAUAUUUAAGUACACGUAAUUUUUUAGUGCAGAGAGUCAAAGCUAGAGACUUGAAAGAAAGCAGAGGCCAAACUUCCAGUUCUUGCUCAGCUUAUGGAUUCAAGGAAGAUAAUGAUCAUCAUUGCAGAGGCUUCUGUUUACUAAUCAGCUUCCCUCUUAUCCAUUUUGCUCAAUUUUACAGUCCUGUUACAUUAAGACUGCUUAUCAAAAGCAAUUUAUUUUGCACUUGUGAGGGUGGAUAAGAGGUUCUCUGGUCUGGUACAUGACAAUCACAAACUCGUACAGCUGCUUUCUGAACAGCAUGUUAAUUUGCAAGCCUUGCAAGAGCCAAAUUAUAACUGACAUAUUUUCCCUCAGUGGCCUGCACAUAUGCAGUCCAUUUGGCUGGUAACACACUGUUAAGUUUCAGAAUCUUGAUGCCUUAAGUUUUCAGCUGCCAUGGGAUUGUAUACUCAUCUCAAGUCCUUGGUGAAGCUGAGUAACUUCUGCUGCAGGUUUUUUCUUGCCUAGCUUUCCUCCUUAUGGGGUGGUGAUCACUUAGUGUUCAAACUGAAUCUCUGCAUGUGGUGUCAGGGGAGGAACAGCAUAAAUAGAAGUGUCCCUUUCUAGCUUUUGCAGUAAUGGAAGUGUAAUUACAGAAAUGAUCACUAAAGCCAUCUACUUUUGCAAUAAGUAGUAGUGUAAGUUAACAGCAAAUUAAGCUUUUGUCAUCUUUAAUGUGCAACUCUGCAACUGGCAUGAAGUAGAUGAUCUCUACUCUGCAAGUGGGAAUAAAAAAAGCACUUGAGAUGAACACAUCUGUCACUUGGUAGUUAGGAGAACCUCUGCACUACUGAGGUGUCUCCAAACUCCAUGAAGAAGGGACAGCUGAUGAAGUUUAUUGAACUAAAAUUUCUGAGUUUUACCUCUUUCCCCUCAAUUCAGGUUGUUCUCCAAGUUCAAGCUUAAGGUUUAAUAGCUUCCAGUGUGAGCAGAGUACUGAUACAAUUCAAUGCAUCAUGUUAAAAAUAUAAAUUUGCAUGUAAGCAAUUACUGUCUUUAAGAGUAAAGAACUUCACAGGAACCUCUUAAGAGGUACAGGAAUAUGCUUAGAAAGCUUGGAACAGCCUCAUUGGUAAAUUCACUGUGAGAAUGCACAGCCUCAUACUUUUUAAUAAACUCAGGAUGGGGGGGGGGGGGGUUGCAGGGGGGAGAUUAUUCCCUUCUGGCCAGAUCUACUUUUACUUGUAGAGGGUAGGCUUAUUUUCUACAGCAGAUAAACAAGUUGCAGAUCAGUGUCUGAAAUUUUAAGAAUGAGAUGCACAUAGCCAUCACUAGUCUGAAAUGUGCUUUCCCAGGGAGGAUCUUUUUGCUGACUACAAUGUUUCCCUUGCAAAAAUGGAUUCUCUACUAUGGGUAUGAUUAAAUUAUUUUUAAGGUAAAAUUAAAAAAAUCUGGAGGAAACUGAUUUAUAAUCCAAAGGUAUAUACUGAUCUGAACUAAUAAAAUGAAUGGAAAUAUUUGUGCUUUAUGUACACUGUACAUAGUUGGAGUAUUUUAACUUAAUAUUUUACUUGAAAUGGCAUGUUACUCUCUAUUAAAUCCUCUUGGUACUAUGGUUAAACUUACUAGUUUUGGUACAGAAGUCUGGUUUAUAAUUUUAUAAUAAAGUUGAAAUGUGAUUUAGUUAA